AUGGUAUUUUGUGACAAUUGCCAGAAGUGGUACCAUUUCGGUUGUGCUGGCGUUACCGAGGAGGUAAGAGACGUUUCUUGGAGCUGUCCGGAGUGUAAGAUUGUUGACGUGCGUGAUGCUGGUUCAUCUGAGCUGCAAGAGGAGUUGAAAAAGCUCGAAGAGGAGAAGAAGAGGCAGAAGCAGGAACUGGAAAGGGAGAAGAUUUUGUACCGCAAGCGACUGGAGAUGCAGCAAGAGGUGUUAGAGAUGCGCCAGCAGCUGGAAAAGGAAAAGCGGGAAAUGGAACUGGAGUUUGAAAAGACGCAAAUGAAGAAGAAACUUGUCGAAGAAGAAGCCCAUCAGAAGAAGCUCGACAAGAUGCGGACGGAAAUGGAGGAGAAGCUGGAACAGUUGAAGAUGAAGCGGAACAAGAACAUUGAUGGUAAAAAGGUACAGGAAGAAGAAGAAGCUGCUGAAAGUAGUGAAAAGGGAAGCUCGAAGAAGGAAACCCAGAAGACAACGAAGUCGGGGGAAGUAAAGCCAGAAAAAUCAAAGCUCGAGAGGAAAAGAAAAACCUGGGAACGUGGAUCCGCCGGUAAGGUCCCGAAGAAGAAGAAGGAUAAAAAUAACAGCGGUAAGCUGAUGAACCAAGUGAAGGAAGUAUCGGAGUCAGAUAGUAGUGAGAGUUCCGAAGAAGAAAAAAGUUCGGAGGAGGAAGAAAAGAGCUCCGAGGCGGAGGAAGAAAGUUCCGAAGAGGAUAGUUCUGAAAAUGAGGAAGUGAGCUCGGAGUUCCGAGGAAGAUCAUAA